GGGGUGUGGGCGGGGAGCGGCGGAGGCAGGAGGAGGCGCUGCUGGCCGCCGCCGUUGCCUCCGCUGCUGGGCUCCUGGGCAGCUCCCGGGGUUUCUGCGGCCGCCAUGGACGAGCAGGCGGGUCCCGGCGUCUUCUUCAGCAACAACCACCCGGGCGCCGGCGGUGCCAAGGGUCUCGGGCCUCUGGCGGAGGCUGCCGCGGCCGGCGACGGGGCGGCUGCGGCGGGGGCGGCGCGAGCCCAAUACAGCCUCCCUGGGAUCCUGCACUUCCUGCAGCACGAGUGGGCCCGCUUCGAGGUGGAGAGAGCCCAGUGGGAGGUGGAGCGGGCGGAGCUGCAGGCCCAGAUUGCCUUCCUUCAGGGGGAAAGAAAAGGUCAAGAAAAUUUGAAGAAGGAUCUUGUGAGGAGGAUCAAAAUGCUGGAGUAUGCUCUUAAACAGGAAAGAGCCAAAUACCACAAGUUGAAAUAUGGGACAGAAUUGAAUCAGGGAGAUAUGAAGCCUCCAAGCUAUGAUUCUGAUGAAGGUAAUGAAACAGAGGUACAGCCACAACAAAACAGCCAGUUAAUGUGGAAACAAGGUCGACAACUACUCAGACAGUAUCUACAGGAGGUGGGUUACACGGAUACUAUUCUAGAUGUGAAAUCUAAACGAGUACGAGCUCUCUUGGGCUUUUCAAGUGACGUCACGGACAGGGAAGAUGACAGAAAUCAGGACUCAGUUAUAAAUGGCACAGAGGCUGAAGUUAAAGAGACAGCAAUGAUUGGAAAAUCCGAGUUAACAGAUUCUGCCUCCGUGCUGGAUAAUUUCAAAUUCCUUGAAAGUGCAGCUGCAGAUUUCAGUGAUGAAGAUGAAGAUGAUGACAUUGAUGGAAGAGAAAAAAGCAUCAUUGAUACUUCAACGAUUGUUAGGAAAAAAGCAUUGCCUGAUAGCAGUGAAGAUCGAGAUACAAAAGAAGCCCUAAAGGAGUUUGACUUCUUGGUUACGUCAGAGGAAGGAGACAGUGAGUCUAGAAGUGCAGGCGAUGGAACAGAAUGGGAAAAGGAAGACCAGUGUCUCAUGCCUGAAGCCUGGAAUGUGGACCAGGGAGUAAUUACCAAACUCAAGGAACAAUACAAAAAGGAGAGAAAGGGGAAAAAGGGGGUGAAGAGAAAAACUACCGAAGAUCUGUUUCAGCCUCUAUCCUAUAUAAAACAGUCAAAACAGGGAUGUGGGAGAAUGAAGAAUCAAAGUUCAGGGCCCAAUAGGUCAAAACUACAAGAUAUGCUUGCUAACUUGAGAGAUGUUGAUGAACUUCCCUCGUUACAGCCAUCUGUGGGUUCACCUUCCAGACCCACCAGCUCCAGGCUUCCAGAACACGAAAUAAAUAGGGCAGACGAAGUGGAAGCAUUGACCUUUCCUCCUUCUUCUGGGAAGUCCUUCAUCAUGGGAGCAGAUGAAGCCCUUGAAAGUGAACUGGGACUUGGAGAAUUGGCUGGACUUACAGUGGCCAAUGAAGCAGAUUCACUAACUUAUGAUAUAGCAAACAAUAAAGAUGCAUUGAGGAAGACAUGGAACCCUAAGUUUACAUUACGAAGUCACUUCGAUGGCAUUCGAGCCCUUGCUUUCCACCCCACUGAGCCCGUUUUGAUAACAGCAUCAGAGGAUCACACAUUAAAAAUGUGGAAUUUGCAGAAAACAGCCCCAGCCAAAAAGAGUACAUCUCUUGAUGUGGAGCCUAUCUAUACAUUCAGGGCUCAUAAAGGACCAGUGCUCUGUGUGGUGCUGAGCAGCAGCGGCGAGCAGUGCUACAGUGGGGGUGCCGACGGACUGAUCCAAGGCUGGAAUACCACCAACCCCAACGUCGAUCCCUAUGACUCCUACGAUCCUUCUGUUUUAAGGGGCCCUCUGCUGGGCCACACCGAUGCUGUCUGGGGCUUGGCUUACAGUGCUGCCCAUCAGCGCCUGUUGUCCUGUUCAGCAGAUGGCACUCUCCGAUUAUGGAAUACAGCCGAGGCUGCUCCAGCCCUAAGUGUAUUUAAUGAUAAUCAAGAAUUGGGAAUCCCUGCGUCUGUGGAUCUAGUGAGCAGUGACCCGAGCCAUAUGGUAGCAUCGUUCAGCAAAGGAUAUACAAGCAUCUUUAACAUGGAAACGCAACAGCGCAUUCUCACUUUAGAAUCCAACCUAGAUACAACCACCUCUUCCUGUCAAAUAAAUAGAGUCAUCAGCCAUCCUACUCUUCCCAUCAGCAUCACUGCUCAUGAAGACAGGCACAUCAAAUUCUAUGAUAACAACACAGGCAAACUCAUCCACUCCAUGGUAGCCCAUCUAGAAGCUGUUACAAGUUUAGCAGUUGAUCCCAAUGGCCUGUACUUGAUGUCUGGGAGUCAUGACUGUUCAAUACGUUUAUGGAACCUAGAAAGUAAGACGUGUAUCCAAGAGUUUACAGCUCAUCGGAAAAAGUUUGAAGAAUCAAUUCACGAUGUAGCUUUCCACCCAUCCAAAUGCUAUAUAGCCAGUGCUGGGGCUGAUGCACUGGCCAAAGUCUUUGUAUGACACAAUGCAUCAUCUUCACCUUCUAGCUCUUUAUAAAUAAUCAACUGCACAAAAGAGAUACAGAAGACCAGGGCAAGAAUCAACCUGUCCUGCCCUUUUGUUCUGCCGAAGGAGCACAGAGAACAUUUGUUAAAGUAUAGUUUUGCAAUUCGUAUACUGUUUUCUAAAACUAAGGUUUGUUCUGGUUGCUGCAAGCUCAGCUGAAUCUGUGAGCCUGAAACCUGUUUCAAAAUUUCCCCCAAUAGGAGCUAUUAUUUCUGAGGUUGUUCUAAUUCGCUAGGCAGGCCUGAGCGAACAUAGGUUUAGCCUGUCCCUAUUGAGUAAAUAGGGCAUGCUAUAAGGGAUAAUUAAAAAGCUUGAUGACUGGGAAUGAUAGAGGAAGAACAGAAAUUUAGACCCAGUUCUCCCCUGAGAAAUCUUGUUAACCACAUUAGGUAGUCAAAACAGUAAUCUUUACCAUAUCUGCUGUACUAACCCCGAUGUGCAUAAUGAGCAGGCAGUGUUCAAAUGAGUUUUUAAUUUAGCUCUCCUUUCAUCUGUGCACAUAAAAGCACCUGGCAAAGCAUUUUACCAUUAGGGGAAAAAAAGAAAUGCAAUAAUAUGUUAAAUAUAUUAUUAUUCAAAAAUGCUAAACAAAUAUUUAGUUUGUAAGCAGAUUUCUAUAUUGUAUUACCUUUUUGAAAAUAGAUUUGGUACCAUUGUAAAGUUAAGCUGUCAAAAACAGUCACCAUUAUCAAUAGUCAGUAGAGUCUGCUUUUACUAAAUAAUUUAACUUAUUCAGGUUCAAGAUUCUGUUUAUUUUUAAGGGCAAGCAGGGCAUAUCUUGAUAAUUUCUAUUAAUUUUAAAAUUCACUUUAUUCAUGUGAUAUUUCUAGUACCAGAGUGGUUAUCUCAUAUUGAUGAAAUCUUACCUUUUAGUGGUUGAAAAGAUGGAAGUUAUCUGUGAGUACUUGUUUUUCAAAAUCCACAUAACCAUGCUUCGGAUGACCUCUUGCUUUUUCUUUGUCUCUCAUAUUCAAAUUAUCUGACACCUACCAAAAACAGUUUAUAAUUAUGUUUUGACAGUCCAAAGGGUAUGGUUAAGGUCAGGCAGCUGCUUUUGCAGUACUAAAUAAAGCACCUGGUUUGUGCCCCAGAAGUCUUCCAUUAAUCUAUCCAAGAAGAAGAGCCCGCUGGAAAUCUGGAUGGAAGAGUUCAGUGCAUCCCUUGGUUAAAGAGUUUUCUCUUUCCCUUCCCCUACCCCUCCAUUCUUUAAUUGGAGUACACAGCGUGUUUUAAUAGGCAGUGUGUCAGUAUUGUUUCUGUGGAAAACUGUCAUAAAGGACCAGGGUUCCUUGAGCUCACCUAGGUUCCUUGAGCUCACCUAGCCUGUGACCCACAUGUGACCAGCUCUUAAGAUUCCCAUGACCCCACUCUUUGGACCUAGUGUCUUCACAUUCUUUUGUUUGCCCCAAAUGUCAGAGACCAGUGUAGAAAUUAGGAAUAAAUUAUUAAUGCCCAACUUUUCAGCAAAAUGUAUAUAUAGUAGUUUUCAUACUUAAAAUCCAUAUCCAUAAAUGUUUUAAUCUUUUAAUAUAAUUCCUACAUUCCUCUCCCAACAUAUUCCAUUGUCGUAACAAUGACACUUCUGAUGAUAUGUAUAUUUACUCUGAAAAAGUAUUCUGGUGGUGAUAUGGAUAGUAAUUGACAAUUUUUCUUUAAAAUUUCUGCUUUUCUGCCUCUAGAGUUUUGCAGCAUACAAGCUAGAUUUGCCUGGUUGAUAGACAGAUAUACUUUAAUAUUUUGACACAGCUACCUUGUCAUUUCAUCUGUGCUUUGGUUCACAGUGGGCUCAAGGGACUCCUUUCUAUAAUCGAAUGAAUUGACCUGGACUUGAACUCCCAGGUGAAUGUUUAUAUUCCCAUGCAGAUAUAGAAGUCCACAUUGUGUUUGGUUCAUUCCUCUUUUUGGUUCUUCAGUGAGUAAAAAAAAAUGGUGUUGCUAACCUAACAUUUAUAUAAGUAUACUGGAAAAUCCAGUCGGGUGCCCUUACUUGGCAUGUUUAUGAUGGACUAAGCUAUUGUUUUACCACUUACUGCUUAAAUUACCUCGCAAGGUCUCCAGUGCCUGCUUUACUUACAUCACUGAAAUUCUCAAAACCAAGAAAGUCUCUUCCCUUACGUUUUAUACCUCCUGGUUGAAAUUUCUCUCUUCGUGAGUGGAAAAUGACCAUGAGAUAGGUAAACUGUGGUGCAGAUGAUGGAGCUUUGGAAGUUCUUUAGCCAGCCAGUGCCGGGCCAUUGGAGACCCUAGACAGAAACAGAUUCCUCUCCACUAGCACUGUGUGAUCACAGCCUAGAAAUGAGCCAAAGCUGUCUUCCAGCCAGAGAGAAGCAUAGACAUGUAUCUGCUUUCCCCGCCAGCCUGUCAGAAAUUUAAUCCCCCAAAUGAACAAAUUCAAGAUUCACACAGUCAUUGAAAUGCUUUCAUAGUGCUUGGUUUGUAAAUAUUUUGGGUGAAAUGUAUUGGGAGAGUAUGAAAAUCAGCAGGAGACAUGGUCCCUGCCUUAUUUUCAUAUGCUAUGAAUACAUCUCUGGGACUUGCAGCACCCUUCUCAAAACCCAGAUGUCAUAUGGAGCUCAUUUGCUACUCGAACCCUAGACAGGUAUUUAACAUAGGUGAUAUAAUGACCUUCAGUAUUUUUCUAUUGAACAAGUUUAGCGAUUUUUGCCAUUAAACAGAUAAUUAGUUAUGCAAAGUAUUUAGCUUUUAUAAUCAUUUUAGUUAUGACUAAAAGGGGGGAAAUUAUGCUGCAUCACUGAUAAUGAACUUUGUGAAAAAUU